GUAUAAACAAAAUCAAACCAAGAGCACUUUGAAUGCGUAGUCUUCUUGUUCUUGCAUUCGUUACAUUUGUUGAUUCUGAAUAUUUUCAACAUUUAAAAAGCGAGAAGUUUGGUACAUUAAUUUUCAAAUUCGUCACAAUUUUUAAUUCUUUUGCAGUUUUGUGUUUUUUCAUUUUUUGAUUACCAAAAAAAUAUGUUAAGGCCUGCAAGUUUGACGAAUUCAUUUAGUCGUGCAUUGUUUGAAGCGUUAAAGUCAAAUUACAUGCAUCAUUGAAAGAUUCUUUUUCGUUCUUUCUCAUCGAUUUAUUAGUUUUUUCCAUUGGGAAACUUGUGCGAUUCAUUCUUUUCUUUUGGAAGAAAUUUUGAUUUUUGAUUGAGGUAAGGAGUUGAAUUUCAGUUGACAAUUUGAGGUGAUUUUACUAUUUAGGGUUCGCGAAUAGGAGGAUUGACAAGGUAAAGUGAUUCAGUUUCGACUUUGAGGCUAACUUUCUCUUAUUUGUGCAAUGUUUGAGUGAUUUUGGAGUUUGUGUGAGGUUUUAGAAGAUCAAAUGCGUUGGAUGACAAUUUUGUUAUAAUGGGGAAUACGAUAAACAAUGAUGAUACGGAGAAUUGAAAUUUCUGUUCUAUGGGGUUAGUAGUCAAACAAGUGAGUUUUAGGAUUAGUGAUUUUGAUUUUUGGGGUACUACAAAUGGGUAAAAUUUCAAAGCUGGGUCGACCUCAACAACACUGGAAAUCAAACGUAAAUGGCUGAUUCACACAGGGGUGGCCCUGCAGAAAGGGACAUUGAUCAGGCGGUUACUGCAUUGAAGAAAGGGGCAACUUUGCUGAAAUAUGGGCGAAGAGGGAAGCCUAAGUUCUGCACAUUUCGGCUUUCUAAUGACGAAUCUGUAUUGAUAUGGUACUCUGGAAAGGAGGAGAAGCAACUUAAACUUAGUCAAGUUACAAGGAUUAUUCCUGGACAACGAACUACAAUUUUUAAGCGAUAUCCUCGGCCUGAAAAGGAGUAUCAAUCUUUCUCGCUUAUAUACAAUGAUAGAUCUUUGGAUUUGAUAUGCAAGGACAAAGAUGAAGCUGAAGUAUGGUUUGUUGGUCUUAAGGCACUGAUCUCUAGUAGUGGCUGGCGUAAGCUGAGAAAUGAAGCAAGGGAAAGUAAGACAUCUCUAGAUGGUUCAACUACACGAAGAAUACGUCAUACAUUUGCAUCACUUGAUAUUGGGGAUACAACGUGUCAAGUACCUCUGGACAGCCCUCUGCAGACUGGAUUGGGAAAGGCAUUUUCCGAUAUAGUGCUUUACACUGCUACAUCCAACAAGUUUAGUCAGGUUGAUACUUCCUCUUAUAUUACUAGCUUACAACCAUCCAACAGUAUUACGCGCCGAAGCUCGUCAUCAGAUAAUGUUCGGAUAAGUUCUUCAAGUAUAAUAAGCUCAUCAAGUCAGGGAUCUAUUCGUGAUGAUUUUGAUUCCUUGGGUGAUGUUUUCAUCUGGGGAGAAGGUAUUGGUGAGGGCAUUGUGGGUGGUGGUUCUAGAGUUUUGCAUAGUGGCAUGUUUGAUGCUAAUUUGCCCAAAGCAUUGGAAUCAACUGUAGUCUUUGAUGUUCAUCAUAUAGCUUGUGGUGUUAGUCAUGCAGUGUUGAUUACCAGGCAAGGGGAAAUUUUUAGUUGGGGGGAGGAGUUGGGAGGCAGGCUAGGUCAUGGUGUAGAAGCUGAUAUUUUGAAUCCAAAGCUGAUUGAUGGUCUUAAUGGCUUCAAUAUUGAACUAGCUGCGUGUGGAGAGUAUCAUACUUGUGCCAUUACCACUUCUGGUGAUCUUUUUACAUGGGGUGGUGGUUCUUGUAACCCUGGUAUGCUUGGACAUGGAAGUGAGGCAGGUCACUGGAUUCCAAAAAGAGUAUGUGGACCUCUAGAUGGUGUGCAAGUAUCCUAUGUGUCUUGUGGACCUUGGCAUACUGCUGCUGUUCUAGCUUCUGGAAAGCUGUUUACAUUUGGAGAUGGAACAUUUGGGGUCCUAGGCCAUGGAGACCGCAUCAGCUACACUGUUCCAAGGGAAGUUGAUGCUCUAAGAGGACUACGGACAUUGAAGGUGGCUUGUGGUACCUGGCAUACUGCGGCUAUAGUUGAUACGAUGGAAAAUGAAGCCUCUUUUGAUAGAUCUUUUUCAGCAGCAGGAAAGCUCUUUACCUGGGGUGAGGGUGAUAAAGGUCAGCUUGGACAUGGUGACAGUGAAGUUAGACUGAUACCUAUGUAUGUAGAAACAUUAAUAGAUAAGAAUUUCUGCAAAGUGGCUUGUGGACAUGAUUUUACUGUAGCUCUCUCAACCACUGGACGAGUUUAUUCAAUGGGCAGUACUGAUUAUGGACAAUUAGGAUGUCCUGAAUCUGAUGGAAGAGUCCCAGCUUGUGUUGAGGGUAAGAUUGCAGACAAUUUUGUUGAAGAUAUUGCCUGUGGCUCUCAUCAUGUAGCCAUUGUAACAUCUAAGGCGGAGCUCUUCACAUGGGGAAAAGGAUCAAAUGGGCAAUUAGGUCAUGGAGACAUUGACCAUAGAAAUGAACCAACUUUUGUUGAAUUUAUGAAAGGUAAUCAAGUGAGGAGUGUUUCUUGUGGAUCUAAUUUUACUGCUAUAAUUUGUCUGCACAAAUGGGUUUCUGGAACUGACCAUUCUACAUGUACGAAUUGUCAUAAUCCAUUUGGUUUUCGGAGGAAGCGUCACAAUUGUUACAACUGUGGGCAAGUGUUUUGCAGAGUAUGCAGCAGCCGCAAAUCUCUGAAAGCUUCAUUGGCUCCAAACAUGAAUAAGCCGUUCCGUGUUUGUGAUGAUUGCUUUGUGAAGCUCCAGAAAGCAACAGAAUCUGGAAAUUUGCGAAUUCCUAGACCCAUAAAGAUUAGUCUUCAAAAAUCCAAUGAAGGAGAAGACAAGGAGUCCUUACUUCCCAAAUUUUCAGGACUCUCAUUAGUCAAUCCUAUCAAAAGAACUGAUAGUGAUCGUUCUAAGAGUGGUGCCAAACAAGGAAAAGUUGAGAACUCCAUUCUUCCAACUUUUAAUGGUAUCUUUCAACCUGGAUGUAAUCACCCAUCCACCAUUCGAUCUGCUACUUUAGGAGCCUCAGACAAACGUAUUUCAGCCUCUGCUCCUGGUUCCAGAGUAGUUUCUCGGGCAGCAUCACCUGUUUCACAAGGGUGCAGUCCAAUUGGAUCUUCAACAGUAAUCACUUCGGUCAGUGUUCCUACAUCUCCUGAAGUUGUGGCUCCUAGCUCAAAGCAUACAAAUGAUAAUGUGAGGCAAGAAGUUGUUCAAUUGCGAGCAGAGGUAGAAAAACUUACUGUUGAUAAUAAGCUUCUUGAAGCUGAAUUAGAGAAAGCAAGAAAGCAACUUAAGGAGGCCAAGGUGAUAACAAUGAAUGAGGCUGAAAAAUCUAGAGCUGCCAAGGAAGUCAUCAAGUCUCUUACUCUGCAGUUAAAGGACAUGACUGAAAAGCUACAAGGAGGAAACAAUGCAACCAGCAAAGUAGAUAAUUAUGCGCAAUCCUGUGAGUCUUUUAGAAAGAUCUCUGAUGAGAACAAUCCAACAAGCAUUUUGUCUUCUAAUAGCGAGUCAAAUAAUAAUAUGGACGCCCUGCUGACUCAUGGAGCCAAAGCACAGCCUGUUAAAACUGAGUGUGUUGUGCAAGAUGAGCCUGGUGUGUACAUAACCCUUUGCUCCUUGCCAGGGGGUAUUAAUGAGCUUAAGCGUGUGCGUUUCAGUCGCAAACGUUUCAGCGAAACACAAGCAGAGAAAUGGUGGGCUGAAAACAGCAGUAGAGUAUGCGAGAGACACAAUAUACGGAAUCAAUAGAAGUGAUCAACAGCUCCUUUCCAUUGUGGAAGCUGAACUGAUAAAACUAUUGCUCUUCCUACUUGGAAUGUACCAAACUGCAAUAGAAAGGAGGGGCACCAAGCUCUGUAUUACGCUCUUGGAUAUGUGAAAUUGGUGCAAUUGUCUUCUCUUUUAGAAACAGGGGCGGACCCAGGAUUUAAAAAAUAGGUUGCGCAACUUGUGAUGAAUCCAUUUUUGUGACCAUGUAAAUUUGUGAUGAAUAGUUGGACAAUCCUUUGAAGUUACAGAGAAUGUAGCUAUUAGACUAGUUUUGUAUAAAAUACUAACGGGAACAGUCCGCUCAUGCAUUGAUGUAAAAUUCAGAGUAUAAGUGAAAUGGGGAAAUGGCUUUUUGCUCCAA